AUGGCUGAAGCCCGGCGUGUAGAGGAGGGAGAGGGGGAACGACGAGACCAACGGGACGUCCGGAGCAGGAGCCAGACAACAGGUAGAAAGUUGGGGAAAGAACCAGUGAAGCUGUCCUAUGAUGACAGGAGAGUUUACAUACUCAGCUUACUACUAAAUGUGUUGUCGAAUGAAGCAUAAAGUCUUAUUUUGAUUGUAAAUCCUUAGGGGGACUAAAUUAAAAGGUUUAGUCUGACACUGAAACGAGUGUAGUGAAUAUUUCAGAAGAGCACGGGUGUGGGGUUUUUAUUCACUGAUUUUCGACGUCCACGAAUUAAGCUCAAUUUCGACCUCUCCAGGCAGCCAUUAUUCAAUAGCCAUUGUUAUUUUAAUUCAUAUUCUUUCUCGAUGGGAUUUAGCAUUUAAAAAAUGAGCAAAUUCGUGUUGCUUGACUGAGAUGAAGCUAAAAAUCGUUAAAUGCUGUCACAAGGUGUUGAAAAUCAGUAUCAGUCUACUAUACAUUAGUAGACAUACUGAUAGCCUUAGCAAUGUUAUUUAGAUGGAGAGACGUUUUCAGUAGGCUACCCCUGGUUCACCUUUGGUUGCUAUGAAACAGAAAUCUUAACAGCUUGAAGCAGGGAUCUGGACUAUUUUGUCUUUGUCUCCUGGUUUGAAGUAAGAAGAAAACACUCAAAUCUAUAAGUUUUUUCUGACUUUAACCCUUUAAUGCAUUUUUGUAUCAUAUUUGAUACAUACUUUUAUAUACGUCUAUCAAACCAAUGUGAUCACCAAAUCAUAAAAAAAAACACCUGAAUACAGUCUGAUAAAUGAUUUUAAAAAAGUCCUCUUGUAGUUUAUUAACUUCCAAAAAUAUCGAAUACAUCAAAUGCCAUAAAUAAAUAUAUUUGUUAAAUUUUAAGGACAUUUAGAUUUUUUUUUUGUUUCCAGUAGUAAGUGAAACAAACAUAUCAGCUCCAAAAAAAUUGAAUUUUCUGGCCAUAAUUUGUGGUGUCAGGCAUUAAAGGGCUACGAACAGUUUGCUGUCAUUAGUGUCAAGCUCUGUCUUUUUAACAGUAUCGUUGAUUCACAGUGAAUGUCUCUAGUAAUUUCUUUUUUUUUUUUUCAGUAAAUAACGGUGGGGCUUUCUGAAACAAUGGUCACAAACUUAAUAACAUUCCUGUUACCUUCUCACACUGACCUAGCUAACCUUUGUAGCCAACCACCUAAUGGUUAUGGAAACCUUUUCACUCACACCAUUAAGAGACAUGCGUCACUUUAGGUUGGUAGAGAAAUUCAUUUAGUUUUGGCUGUUGGACAGUUUGAGGUCAAAGGUCAAAUCCAAACGCUGAACCAAAGUUUUAACUUCUGUACAUUACCAGUAAAAAUCAAAAAGGAUUGAUACCUGUUUCAAAACCAUGGAAAUUCAAUUAAAGGCAGGGGCACUCACAUGUAGGCAUUAGUGCUGGUUCAGAAAAAAAGUAGUUAAACAGAGACACUUGACAUACUGAUACAUAAUAUAUAAUUUUGUGUUUCACUGCUUCACUGCCAAGAGAUGAAUGUUGCCGAGCGCUUGCUUCUCUACCAGCUUUAGUAACAACCGCAGAUAGCAAUAUAGAGAGCCACGCGCUCAACCAAAAUGCCACUCUAUAGCUAAAUAAUGCUCAGAACAGCACCUAACUUCAUCAACAGUACAUAUAGGGUCCCAGUCACAGCACUAACCACCAAACAUCUUUUUAGCUUUGCCUGAUUUAUUUAGCAAAGAGACUAACCACAACUCACCUACUCUCUUCCAGCAGCCACUUGUUUGUACAAAGACCUCCGGGUGAGUCCAUCAACUGCAGCGGAGUGACGCAGCUCAAGGAAAAACAUUUAUGAUCAUUUUCUCAUGGAAAUGCAAUCAGACCUAGAUGCUAAGGCAGAAGAACUUCCGCGUCUGCAGUGCAAAAUAUUUAAUAUGAUGAUUAUUACUUCAAGGAAAUGAUAAAGUAAUGAUCAUAAAUGUUCCUCCUUGAGCUGUGUCACCCCGCUGCAGUCGGUGAUGGACUCGUCCGAAGUUUCUGUACAAACAAGUGGCUGCUGGAAGAGAGUGGGUGAGUUGUGUUUUGUCUCUUUGCUAAGUGAAAAAGAUGUUUGAUGGCUAGUACUAUGGCUCGGACCCUAUAUGUACUGUUGAUGAAGUUAGGUGCUGUUCUGAGCAUUAUUUGUGGCUAUAGAGUGGCUUUUUGGUAGAGCGCAUGGCUCUCUGUAUUGCAAUCUGCGGUCGUUACUUAAGUUGGUAGAACUAGAGAAGCAAGUAGAUGGCAACAUUCAACUCUCGAGGGGGUGUCUAACUCUGUGUUACGGUGUGUUUGACCCUAACUUAAUUUUACGCCGGAAUAUCCCUUAAAGUAUUGUCAAUUUGGACAACAUCACUGCAUCAGGUACAAAUCCUGUAACUCUGCCAAUCCUCGGGUGAAAUUCUCUCUGUAAUGGUUCGCAUAAGGUAUCCCUUUUUUUUUUAAUCUGUCUCUCAUUCUUCUUAGCAACACCUGGCGUGCAGUCACCUCCUUCUUGAACUCCCCUGUGCCCUGCCCAGCCUAGCUAUGUGCAACCAAUAUGCCAGCUCAGACAGCCCCAUCCCUUACCAACCCCCAUCCACACCCUGACCCCACCACCUGUCUGGAAGAGUAUAAGUGUCAGGCCCUCAGGUCACACUGGUUAAUGUGUCAUGUCUGCACUCAACGCUGAUUUGCAUCCUUUUAGAGAAAUUUGUAAGCUUAAUGUGUUUAAUGAGCAGUGUUUUGCUUUCACCCUCAGCACUAUGGAUCAACAUCAUCCACUUUAUUCAGGUUGUUUCCACUGUGAAUCACCCAUCUGCUCCAACACCACACCAUAUAAUCUCCUGCAGACAUGGUGUUAGUCACUCACAACACUGUAAUAUUGUGUUUUUCAAGUUAGGGCAAAUCUCUCCUGUACAGUCAUCUUUUAACAACAGCAAAAAUGUGAUGUCCAUCCACCCCCUGACACACUAUACUUGUGCUGAAUCAGCACACUUGCCUCUGCCUGUUUGAAAACAGCACUUAAGCUUGAGUUGUACAAAGACUGAAGCUAACACUUCAACAAAGUUGUGGAUGGUGUGGCGUUACACUUGGUGGCAGAUUGUUUUUCUUUCUUCUCCUCUUUGCUGCAGCCUGUUUCAGCAGCUGCUCCGGGACGGCUGCUGCUCUGCUGAGUAAUGUCGGCAUGUGUUCAAGUGAGAGCGCAGCUGGGAGGGGAAACUGUUCCUGCUGACUUCAGCAGCUUUCUCUCUACUGUGUUUGUGGUGACUUUUCAGGUGAUAAUGACCCAAUAACACGACAGGAUGAAUAUGGUGGAACAUUGUCCUGAACUCAAGCAGGGAUUUAUUAGACUCCUAAUCUGGCAUGGAUUUUUAAUUCUUUAAACUUUCCAUGAUUUCAUAAGUGAGUUUAGCUGAGAGAAUAACAAUUGCUCUUUCAACAGAUUGAGGUCAGGGUUGUUUUGUUUGGUCAGUUGGUCUUCUUAAUCCAUUCACAUAUUCUAACCUGACUAUAACACCUCAAAUUAUUGAGAAAAUCACUUUAAUAUUUGGACCAGCAAUUAGUUUUUGAUGAUUUGGGAUCCGUUUGAGGAACUACUGACUUGAAGCUAGCGCCCUCAGCUGGUUGAUUUUUGUGGUUCAGAUUAAACUGCAGAGGUGUUUAAAAAAUUGCUGUCAGACCAGUUAGUGCUCUCAAACAUUCGUAUUUUCCACUGGGGGAUUAAUUAAUUAAUUCUUCCACAGGGGGCACCAGAGUCAACACAGACAGAAAGUUACUCACUUGAGCUUUAGAUAAUAAUUUCUUAAAGUUUUCUAGUUGUAGUAGUCUAAUUUCUUGAGCUCUUUUUCUUUCUGUAAUAAACUUUUGUUUCUGUCUGCUUUACAAAUCAGAGUUACAAAGCUGUAAAGUUUUAUUUUAUCUCACAAACCACCUUUGCCUUUAUAACGUUGAAGCAGGUAAACAUGUUGCGGUUCCUUCUUAAAGUAGACCUACUUCUAGAUGGAUGCAAGUUAGGAAUGGCACAGAGCGGACAGAAUAUCUCCUUGACCUUUUACUUUGAAGGAAAAAAAAGAUAGUGACAGCGCAGUGUUGUGUGGAACAACCUCCACUUCCUGAAUGACCACAUUCCUGUUCCUCAGAUUGGCCAGGUAAACACAAGAGAGCCCAGGUACAACAGAGCCCUCCCUCUCUUUUCCAUUGUAUGUGGGUGUGUAACUGCUGGCUUCAAAGUCUCAGACACUACCGAUGGAUGAGUAGCGUGGACGUUUGAUGCUGAAGGUUUUAUGUUUGAUCCUUUAAUUCCUCACAGGUAGGAGCAUCACUCAACUUCAUUUUAAGGGGCAUGUCCUUAAGAGGGCAGCAGCACAUCACAAACAUAGGUGAAAAACCAGUUUAAGAGAAAAAUGUGCUGUUUUAACUUAGAUUAUCACUUUGUAAAUUGGCUAGAAGAGAUAUUUUUUAUCAAGUGAAAGUGCAGCAGCUUUCAGUGGUUAAAGUGUAACUGAAGGCAGUAGCAUUGUGGAGCUAAGAGAUAACAAGUAACAGGUGUGACAGGUGGAUCUGACUGAAAAUGAGGUCAUGGUUUCUGGCUGCAGGCAAUGACAACAAUGCUGACUUCUCUCACUGCGGGGGUUCUUGCUUUUAGUAUUCUUUUAUUACUGACACAUAUCUAUUCUAGCUAUAAGCCACUGAGUUUUGAUGUGACAUGUUUUUUUUUUUUACCACUUUUUUAAAGCAAGUCAUGAAAUUCAGAAGGCUGCGAAACGGAACAAGAAAGACUAAAACAAAAUUUAUUGUAUGUGUCUGGGGCAGCAAAUCGUGAGAACAAGUCAAUGUCUCUUGUGUCAUGUUAAAGUUUUUGACUAUUUUCUUAAUAUUGAAGGUUUUUUUGUGCAUAUUUUUUAUUUCAUGUUCAUUUUUUAUUUAACAGAAGCAACAUUAUUUUUUUAUGUCUCGUACCAGCUCUAUUCCAUAUCUUCAUGAAUUAUUUUUUAAAAAGUCAUCUUAGAUCAACACAGUUUCUGUUGAUGAAUUUGUGUGCAUGUUUAGCACCUUUUUUGACUUUGGUCCACUCAUCUUUCGUUUUGUUCUUGUCCAGUCGUAGUGCAGACAUCAUUAUCUGUCCGCUAAUGUAUUCUUUAUAAAUUAGGCGCAACAGAAAACAUCAAGUUGGCGUUCCUAAAUAGUUAAACUUUGAUAUUUGAAGGUUUUUUUGGUACCAGGAAGCUAAUGUGCAGCAUGGUUGGGAAACAUAAACAGAGUUACUUAAGAGUAACAGGUUCAUCCAGAUUUAAUGUCCGUUGCCACCAGCUUGGCUUUGGUUCUUGUAUAUCAAGAAUAUUAACUCUAGAGGGAGAAUGGAAGUAGUAUAUGGCUGUGACAUGGAUGGAAAAUGUGUAGAUUUUGAAAGCAUAAAUGACACAUAAUUUCUCCUGUAAAACUAUCAAAAUAUUUUCAUGGUGUGAUAACGCUGAUCCACUUGUUUGUGUUUUGCUUCCUUCACACUUCUGGUUCUUAAAGACUUCACAUCAAGGCCACUCAUAUACACAAAUGUAAAGGGCAAACUUAAAGUUAUGACCCACAGCAUUAAUUUUAUGUUGUUAUAAUAAAAACAUAGUUUAUAUUUAAACAUGCACUUUCAGGGGACCCAAAAUUGAGGACACAAAGAUGUAUUGAGAGACAUUGCACUGUGAUAUUACACUGGACAUGCUUUGAAAAAAAACUAUUCAUUUCUAAAGUGGAAUGCAAAGGGAACAUUACAGAUUUGAAACUUGUGCUUUCAGUAAAACUGCAAAAUCUUCCCUACUAGCUGUUUUCAGAUUAUUUUUUCAGUCAUUUGACUAAUGAAGCUUUAACUUGUAAGUGAAACUCGUAAAGUCACUUGAUUGGUUCCCUCGUCUGCAGUCUGGAGAUGACUUGAUGUGAUUCAUCAUAACAAGACAAUGUCUUGUAAAGAAAAUGUUACAUGUCCUGAAAUACUCACUUGGCAUGGGUGUUGAAACUGUCAAACUCAUAUCUGUAAGAGAAAGACCUUAAAUCAUUGGCACUGUACCAUUUGAAAUGUAGAGUGACGUCAAGACAAUGAGAACUCUGUCAGUCUCCUGCUAACACAGCCGUGUGUAUUCGGCUAUCGUUGGCCUGCUUUAUCGUUAUUUGGAUUUGAGUGUGAUUUUUGUGGUAACAUCAGGUAUUUUGAGUUACUGGAUUUGACAGAAAUAGGCCGCUUCCACGUAAGGUUUUAUAUAAAAUGUAUUUCCAAUUUGAUUUUCCAUACAACCCACUCCCCCCAAAAAACUGUCUAAGUGCCGUAUUCCUUACAAUCACUGUUGCUAAGUGUCAGAUUUAACCCUUACUGCAACACAUCACUGAUAACACUCUGUUUUUUUCUUCGCAGAUCGUCCUGAAAGAACCAAGCCAGAUCAUUUACAUUCAAGGUAUGUCACUGUACAUGACUUCUUUUUAUUUAUGCUUUUCACUUGGAUCCACAAACGGUUGUUAAGUCCCCCUAAACUGUGUGUGAGUUGCAGGGAGUGGGGCUCAACCCCUUUGACACUCUGAUGUGCUGAGAGUGAGGUUGUGAAUGGACCACACAAUGCACUGAUCCAUUCACUCCAGCUAACAGACAGGAGGUCAACAGGGGGAUGAAUACGUCAUGCUGCAUUUUUUAGAUGUUGUUUACAGACACUACAGAAAGGAAAGCCUCCUCACUGACAGCUGUGAACGUCAUAGAGAUUAGGAAAAUAUUUUGGUAUUUCAGACAACACACAAUGCUUUCGCCUGUGUGUGUUUACAUCUUCGCUAAUAAUUAAAGAAACCACAUGGUUCUGUUUAUUGUUGGCCUUUUUCCCCAGAUAGUUUACAUCAUCCUUCUGCAGGCAGUCCUUAAUGAGCAAGAUAUGUAUGUGUCAAUGAUGCACCGCCUCCAGUGUCAUUAGAGUUAGCUUGAUGAAGACACUGUUGUGCACUGUGCACCUUCAAUGGGAAACGUAAAGAAACAGGGGAUUCUAAUAUUAUGCUACUCGUGGCGUCAGGUGAAAGGAUUAAGAGCUAAUCUCCAAUAUUGGGUGAUGAACAGUCUGAGGAUAACAAACAUCAGCUCCCGUGUGGCAGUAAGAUAUUGAGUGGAACAGCAGUCUUUGUCUGGUGUUUACCUGGAAUCAGUGACACUAACCGAGCAGCAUGCUGAUUUAAGGUAGGAGGGUUGUAGCUUUGCACACAAACAACAGAUGUGAUGGAUCUUUCAAAGUUGUUACAAUUUGCUUUCUUUUAUUAAAAUUGAACAUUUGAUGCUGUGAUAAACCAAUACUUGGUUGAAUGUUACUGUGAGAAAGUUUUUACUUGAUCCUCACUUCCCUUCUUCAUUCCCUUAGCUAAGACCUUAAGACAACAUAUUGUUACAUCUUACACGUGUAAGAAAGUAAAAUAGUACGUUUUUCAGAGCUUUUUCUCACAAGCUGCACACCGGCUCCCGUUGAAAGUUGGUCAUUUCUCCUGAACCCUUUCAUCUUUUCAUUACUUUAAACUGAAACUAGUGCAUGCAGUGUGUAGUAUGAAAAUCCCCAGGGCUUCUUUUUAUCAUUUGAGUCACCAAAACGGUAUGAACCAGCGUUUGUUCUGUAUGAGCCCCACACCUUCAUGAUUAAUACCCGUGCUCUUAUGCCUUCUCUUCAGCCAAGGACCUUUGUCUUCUAUACGAGCUGCUAUCAAAAGGAGUAAGUAUGCCUGAAGUGAACUUGAUAAGCAUUUUGAGAAUAUAUGACCACAACACAGUGAUGUUUUAUUGUAGCUCAGUAAUCAAUAGGACAGAUGUGAUAACUUUCUGCAGGAUAAACACUUUAUAUGAACCCACCUCUUGUAAUACAUCAUAAACACAUUUGUAGUUAUAAGUAUUCAUAAGUGCUUAUAGCAAGGUUUAAAAGUGUUAUAAGCAUUGAGCAUAAUGUCUUAUUAUUGUAUGGUUUAUUAUGCAUUACACCUUCAUGCACAAGAAAAACCAACAUCUCUUAAAUUGUGGGUUUAAUAACACAUUCUACCUCUCCCAACUUACCCUUCACUACAAGAACAGAUUUUCAUAAUUGCUUUUUUACAUUGCUGUAAGCUGUUGUGAAUGCUUAUCAUCGCUCAUAAGGGUUGUUAUAAAGCCUCACAAAGGCAUUUAUAAGGCUUAAAAGAUGUGCUUAUGAUGUAUUAUAAGAGGUGGGCUCAUAUUUCAACAACAUGUUACCACAUUGUUGACAUAUUAAUACAUGAUGUAAAAACUUGAAAUAACAUUGAUUUCUCUUUCUCUAGCUAAAUCAAUCUCUCAGAGUGACCACACUAGAGAGAGAAGGUAAUGAAAAUAUUAUUCAUAUUAUUAUAUGUCAUUGUGUUGUUGUUUUUCUUGACUGUUCUAGCUUCUCAUUGAUGAGUGAAAAAAAUUACAGUAUUUCUGAUCAAAUUUGUGACUUUGUUACCUAAUAAAUAAUCUUCAUAACAGUAUCAUCUUUUGCCACCAAAGCAAAGAAAGAAAUUGAUUGAUACUGGAGCAUUUUGGUUCAGUGCCAUAGACGUUUUUUUUGUUUUUUUUUUUUUAAUUCAGGAGACCAGAGAUCACCAUUGUCUCAGCAGAACCUCUGAACAGUAGCAGCUGGUUCUCAGGAGCCUCUGUGGUUUUUCCUCCUCCUCCUCAGUCAGGCUGGUCUGCGGGAGUCCAGCCUGUUUCUCAGGUAGACUCCAUUUGACACUUCUGUUGAAUUAAACUUGAUUGUCGAUUUCAUCUCUGGAUGGUACUUUGGAUGGGUCUCUGUGGUUUUAUAGCAUCUACAUUAAACCAAACGAAUAACCAAGUAGAAGCUUUGCACAUAAUUGCAAGGAUAUUAUUGCCAUGGCCAAUACUUUCAGUAUCAAGGCCAUUAUUAAGGCUAAGGGGAUGUAAACUGCUCUCUCUUUCAUAACUUAGCCACCACCAUCCUAUGACCAGGUGAUUGAAGAAAAGACCAAGGAAGAGCACGUUAUCGUCAGGCCCACUGCCGCUCCUCGGAGGACUCCCUGCACCACCACAAGUGCCACACAAACUGACCCUGUGAGGGAGGACACUGCAAACUCCAGUGCUGCUCCACAGACAGAAAGGAAAAGACCUGUUGGUGAGCCACAGGAGAGUGUCAUGAAUACAAAGUUCAGCUUUUAGUUUUAGUUUUCAUCUAAAAUUCUACUGCUUUCAUAAUAACCAUGUUUCUUUGCAGGUAAAAAGCCAAAGAAACCACCAAGGCCAUCACUGCCAAAACCUUUAGACAAGGAGCCAGACACUGAGUCUGAUGCAAAGGUUGGAACAAAUACUAUAGUCUCUACAAGCGCUGAGGGCGAAAGUGACUCCAAGGCAGAUUCAAAGCAACCAAACCGAACAAAUUCCACACAAACACACAUCAGAUCUGUCAUUGUACACUGGGAUUUACCCCCCAAAAAACAUCUCUCUACCCCUGCUGCUGAAACUACUCCCUCCCCAUCAGACUCAGAACAAGUUCAAUGCCCUGUUCCUCUACCUCGUACUAAAAAACUCAACACCCACAACACAGAGAAGGCCAAAGUUCAGCCUUUGGUCAGACUCAGUGAAAGUGGUGAGGAAAAUCCAUCUGAACAAGAAGACCUCCUCUCAAAUAAGUAUUUGAAGGAGUUAUUGGAGGUUUUCAGUGCAGAUAACGAGAGUGAGGAGGUCGGUGACAUUGCUAACGAAUCAGACGAGGCCUUACAAGGUGAAGAUGCUGGAGGCGAAAUGAACGACAACCACAGUCAACGCAACAUCCGUGCCAGGAUCCAGGCCUUUGAAAGCCAGGUUGCUGCUGAGGAAGGAAAUCUCGAACCAGCCAAACCAGAACCUAAACCCAGGACAGCGUCCAUCAAACCUCCCGUAGCUGCCAAACCUUCUGUCGCUGUAAAACCCCAGUUUAACCCGAGCACUGAGGAUAAUAAUCAAAAUGUCUCAACUACAAACAUCUCCAAGGCCCCAACGCCAGCCCCAAGACCUCAGCCCCCAAAGAAACUUGUGGGACAAUCCAUUAGAGAUGAACUAGAGACUUUACACAACAAGGCAGCCAUCCCAAAGAGAUCACGUCCAUCUGUGCUGACCAGGUCUGAGUGCAUCUAUGAAGAUGAACCAAUACCAGUUUUACCUCCUACACCUCCAAUGAAGCCUGUUAAAGAGCCUCUGAAACCCAACCUUAAUAUAAACAACCACAACUCAGCCUCUAUGACCAGAGAGAAUGAGUACGUGGAAAGUCCAACAAGUAAGCAUUUUGUUUUGUCAAUUUUCAUGUAUUACAUUACAUGAAUGUGUAAUAUAUGUUUAAAAGUAUAAUUCUUUUAAAGGAUUGCAAUUAGGGCUGCAACGAUUAGUCGGCGUAAUCGAUUACGUCGACACGACAAAUUCAUCGACACGAAAACGAAGCGUCUACGCGUCGUGUUAUUGUUGUUAAGAAUCACAUGCCGGCGCCUCAUGCUCAUCCAUAACUGCAGUGCACUACAGGAUGUGCUGGGGGCAGUAGCGUUCGCUGUUUACAUCCCGCGAGCAAACACAGAAGAAGAGUGCACACAUUAUGGCAGAACAAACUGAAAAAGACGCUCAAAAACUCCGACCCAAAACUUCAAAAGUUUGGGAACAUUUUACGGAGAACAAACCAAAAAAACACGUUGAUCAAAGCUCAGCUUUCCCACCAUGGCAGCACCACGGCGAUGCAUGAGCACCUGAAACGCCGACACCCCGGAAAUAGGUGUUUAUAAAUAAAGAAGAUAGUGAUUAAUCGUGAUUAAUCGGACGACUAGUCGAUAGAUAAGUCGACAAAAAAAUAAUCGUUCGUUGCAGCACUAAUUGCAAUAUGAAAAAGGUAACAAUCACGUUCUUAAAUAGCUUACCUUGAGUCAAGGACUCUUAAAAGCUUCAUACUAUAAAAAUAGACCAUUCAGGUAAAGAUUUGAUGAUUUGGCAUGUGUUUCCAAACUCUGAAGAGGCCCACGUUUUCUGUGUCCUUCUGCCUCCAGUCUUAAGGUUAAGCUAGGCUAUCUACCUCAGGGGCUGUAGCUUCAUACUUAGAAGACAUGGAAAGAAGUACAAGACCCCAACAUUGUCAAUUAUCUUGUCAAUUAUAAAAAAAGGCAAAUAAGCAGUUUUAACAAAAACAAACAAACAAAAAAUAGUAUAUAUGUCAAUCUCCAAUAUACCAAAAAGCAUUUUUUAAAGGCGCUACAUCACAUGAAAACCUGAAAAGUACAAUAAAGUUUCUCUCUGUUUAGAUCACAGCCCAGCCAAGCCUCAGCGCAACGUGGAAAGCAAUGGAGGCUCUUUCCCCCGACAAAGCUUAACACGAAGACCAACCACCAUCAGGGUCCCCAGCAAAACGGAUUCACGUGAGUCUGCCCUUCAUGUGACCAUUAAUAUUUUGUAUUUGUACCAGAACACUGUAUCUGAUCAUUUAAUGUUGUUGAUAUUAUAAAGAGGAACCUUUUUAUUAUGGGAAAAGCAUUUUCAGUAAGUUGUAAGGCGUUAUCUCUCUUCAGUUUCAGAUAAUAUUCAGGACAGUCCUCCUCCGCUCCCUGCUCAAAAGCCUGUAGGCUACCUGCACACCUCAGUGAACCACAGCCAAAGCCGGGUACCAGUCCUCCCCUUACAGGUGAGAUUUUACAUCAUCUGAGAAGUGUUUUUUGCCUUCAUUCUUGCCAUCCUAGUAUAUCUGCUACAAAUAUUUAUCUGGUAUGAAAUAUGAUUUGAUGUGUUUUGGCCUCAGAGUAAAUCAUGCUGUUGACAUUCUCUGUUAGCUGUCGGCCUACCUGCUUUUUUCCUGUGCUUUCCACAAACAAAGAAACUAUUCUAGCCUGAGGUCUUCAUUGCUUGCUGUUGAGCUGAAGCUACCUGAGGCUGAAUGCUAUGUUUUGUAGCCUGGUCUCCAUGGUUUCCAGUGCUUUAGGCUGGGCAUUUGUUUUAGUGUUAACGAGAUUGCACGUUUGAAUUCCUCUGCAGGAGUCGUUCCAGUCAGGGCCAGAGCCGUCUCUUCCACCUCGGUGAGUAUAAAAGAAAAUAAUUAAGCAGUUGAAGAUGAGACAGAAAUCUACUUCUACAAAUGCUACUCCUCUCAUCUUUGUGUUGGUGUUGCACUUCAGGAGACCAAGUACAAACAAACCACUCCCGCCACGUCCACCUCCAGCCAAAACAGGCCCAGGGAGACCUCCCCCACCCAGCCUUCAAGCUGCAGCUCAGUCCCACUCAGCAUCAUGGGAAGGUUCACCCAGACCCCAAGCACAGAAACCCCACAGGAGAGGACCCGUCUUACCUCCAAGGCCCAACCCAGGCCACCGUCUCUACAACAACUACACAGUGAGACAUUCCCACUGUACAACUUCUGGCUUCAACCAUAUUGGAAAUAUCGACAUUAUUAAGAGCAUCCUUUUUCAUUUUUGCCUUUUCUUUUACCAGCUACAACUUCCUCAUGGGAUUGCUGCCUUUGACUAUGAUGGCAGUAACACAGGAGAACUGUCUUUCCAGGUAUCCAUAAAGCAAAUAGGACAGAAUUGAUCUUAACCUAUCAAGUUUGUUCAACAGCAGUUUAUACUUUUCUUGCUCUAUUUUAAUAGAAAAAUGAAGUGCUUCUGCUGCUGGAGGAAACUGACCACAAUAUGUUUGAGUGUCAGGUGGGAGACGCUACAGGCCGAGUCAGCAAGUCUUAUAUGAAGGUUAUAACUCCACUUUCCACCGCCUCGCACUUGUCCCCACCACAGGUAACUUGUCUUUUCAACAUGAAUGAAUACAUAGCUCUGAUAUUUGAGACUUGACUUGCUCCUAUUGUAGUCAGUGGGCUUUGAUACAUUGACCUUUGAGUGUCUUUGUUCUCUUCCUGCAGAGUGCAGGUCCAACUAAUGCGAGUGGAUCUGGUCUGAAGGUGCAGGCUGUGUAUGACUUCAAUCCAGGUAACAUAACAGCACAUACGAGCUAAUAGUGGCUGAGGCUUAGCAUCAGAAGAAUAGUCCAACAUCAAAUACACUUAUUUGCUUUCUAGUCAUGAGUAUGAUUAGAGGAUUUAUCCAACUCUGAAACUCUCUGAGUCAGGCGAACUUUGUCCUUGUGCAUUGUGUUGGGGCAAGAAAGCAAACUAUCCCAUCCAAAUAGCAAAAGCAGGAAGCAAGAAGUAAAAGCAAAUUAAAUAACAGGCUCUGUGCUCACUCAGGCUAAUGAAUAAAAAUAUUGUUUUCUAAGACACGUGAAAGUGUAUAGUUUUUUUUAACUUGAAGAGAGACAUGUUUCUUCUUGUGUGUAUACUAGCUGGGUCAAUACUACAUAGAUAUUAAGUUGGUACAUUUUUUUAUUCAACCCCAGCCAACAAGUAUUUCCCCAAAAUGUCAAUUCAACUUGAAAAAAAACAGCAAGUUGAAAAAUACACAGUGUAUUUUUCAAGCUGUUGUGAGGAUUUAGGACUUGUGUUAAUUUUUGGCACCCCUUUGGGCAAAGCAGUCUUAAACACACUGUAACACCAAGUCUCGCUACAAACAAGUGGCUGCUUAAAGAGAGUAGGUGAGUUGUGUUUAGUCUCUUUGCUAAAGAAAUCAGGCAAAGUUGAAAAGAUGUUUGGUGGCUAGUGCUGUGGCUCGGACCCUAUAUGUACUGUUGAUGAAGUUAGGUGCUGUUCUGAGCAUUAUUUGUGGCUAUAGAGUGGCUUUUUGGUUGAGGUUUGUUUAUGGUUCCUUAGACCCCUGUGUAUUGCUAUCGUGCGGUAGUUACUAAGUUGGUAUAACCAGAGAAGCAAGCGAUUGGAAACAUUCAUUUCUCAAGGGGACGUCUAACUCGGUGUUACGGUGUGUUUGACCCUAAGCUAAUUUUACCCCAGAAUAUCCCUUAAACUUGUCCUACAUAUUAACAGUGUUCUCUGACACAAUAUCAUAUUUUGCUUACUUUUGAUGUACUGGUAUAUCAUUAACUGUUACUGUUUUAUAUAGGAAUUGUAUAAAAAUGGCUGUUUCUACAGAGAUUCAGCUGACUCCCAAACCCUUGCAAAGGUUUCACAUAUUAAAAAAUCAUCAGUAAUGUUGCUGAUGGCCUUGUUUGCUUUUGGAUAUGAUUAAAAAGGCAUCGGUACGAAUUUUAGUGUUUUUUAUGAAUUAAAAAAAAACUCACAGGAGCUUUAAAAAUAAGUUUUAUAAUUCAGAGGCCAUAAACCAUUAUGUCUUAAAUUCUAUUUUUAUCAUUAUUAUUAUAUAUAUAUAUUUUUUUUUUUCACACACAGAGGGUCCAGGAGAACUGGGUCUGAGAGCAGGUGAUGUUGUGACCAAUGUGGAGCAGGUAGACAAUGAGUGGUAUAACGGCACCUGUAGAGGAUCCACCGGUUUCUUCCCCAUCAGUCAUGUCAAAGUCCUGGUAAGUCUUAUUGAUAUAAAUCUUGAACCUUCUUGAAUAUCACACAUUAUUCUUUUGUUGAGGACAAUAUACUGAUGUAGAAAUGCAUUAACCUAGAUCAUUUUAUGUUCACUUCUCAAUCAGUCAAAUUCACCAAAGCCUCCCCCAAAGCCACCUUCAGCAACAGUCAGGUAAUGUUUUACACCACACCGGUUGUAUGAGCAUGUAGGAGCCACACUUCUAAUCUAAUCUGAUGUUUUUAAUAUUUUCUCCUCCUCUGCAGUGGCCCACGGUGCGUAGCCAGGUUCGACUUUGAGGGUGAACACAGUGAUGAGCUGUCCUUCUCUGAGGGCGAUGUGAUCCAGCUGAAGGAGUACAUUGGAGAGGACUGGGCUCGGGGAAAGAUUGGUGCCUCUACUGGAAUGUUCCCCCUGAACUUUGUGGAGAUCGUUGAAGAUCUGCCUCCACCACCAAGUCAGCAGCAGACAAAGCCCACAAGGAUAGCUCUGCCUGGUAGGAUGCAACUCACGAAACCCUUUCUUUAAGCUUGAAACUUUAUUACACAUUUUUAUUAGGCUAUGAAUAUUUACACCACUGCAGCUUGUUACUCUCUUGAUCCUUGUACAAAAAGAAAAAGGUGUCCAGCUUAGAAGAGGCUUUGUUUAUCCUUUUCUAUUUACACUGGCUGGCAUUUCCCUCUGUCAUGUUAGGAAUUUGUGCUUCUGUUUCUGUUUCAUUAAGUCGCUGUUUACAAAGACCUCCCAAAUCACACAAACUGCUGUGUCAAUAUACCUUUACUUCGUAUGUGUCAUGGAGUUUGCUUCAUUUUUAUGUGUCCUGAUAAGAAAGCAUGAGUGUCUUUCAGGUAAGGUAACCUGUGCUCCAUUUCUCCACAGGCAUGGUGUCUUCCCCGAAUACACACCCUGAAGUCACCAAACCUGCUCAGGUAACCCAUAUUUAUUCAAACAGAAGCAUCAAUAAGGAUGACGCAGGUUUUGCCACAAACCUAAUCUUUAUUUUAGGUUUACUAAUGCUGCAAAGUAAUUAACAUUUUUUUCCCAUCAUGAGUAAUCUUACCAUCCCCUCUUAUUGCUCUGCUUCAUCUGCAGGCGUCUCAGUCCAGCGUGGAGUGGGUGGUGGCUCUGUAUGACUUUGCUGGGAAUUCAGAGGGUGACCUGUCCUUUCAAAAGGGUGACCGUAUCCUCAUCACACAGCACAUGGAUGCCGAGUGGAGCUGUGGCCGGCUCAACGACAGAGAGGGCAUUUUCCCUCGAGCUUUUGUCGAGAGCAGCACAGGUAUGUGGUUGUUAUGAUGCUGUCUUUGUUGCUGAUGUGAGAAAGUUGCUGCUAUUUCAUUGACAUAUUUCAUUGAUUCUUAAAAUAUUUUAUGUUUAUUUGUUUACCAACAAAUUGGGGUGAGAUUUGAAUGAGGAAAUGUACCAGUCUGUGUUCAGUUUUUGGAAGCUGAUGAAAUUAAUGCAUUAUCUUGUUAGUGUAUACCAUUGAUUCAACAUGCUUGAUAUUAAGUUUAAAGGUGAGGCUUGAAAUUUGGAGAUUGAUUUAUACAAAGGAGCAUAUCUAUCAAAAGAAAGACAUCCCACAUCUCACUCAUUUUUCCUCUCUCUACAGGCCAACAGUCAUUUACUAACCAGCAGACUGUAGCAGCUGAUGGUAGCAGAGGCCAAGCUCUGUUCAACUUCACAUCAGACUGUGAUGAAGAGCUCUCUCUACAGGUAAACUGACUUAAGUUUGGACUCAGAAGUUUUCCCCUGACUUAAUUAAUUUAGAGCACCAUCAUUCAUUUAUGCCUUACUCUUUCUCAGGUUGGGGACAUCGUAACCAAUCUUGAGUCAGUUGAUGAAGAAUGGUUCCUGGGUGAUCUAGGAGGGAAAAGGGCCUUGGUCCCCAAGAACUAUAUCCAAGUGCUGUGA